CAGUUAACUAGUAAAAUCAAAAAAUUAAAGUCUGAAAUUGUGGAAUUAAAAAACAAUGGUGCUUUAAGUUUUAGUAAGCAAACCAAAUUAAAUCAAAAGCAGUCUAAAUUAGAGAAAUUGGAGAAAUAUGUUGAUAGUAAAACACUAAAUAAUGCUGAUUAUUUUCCUUAUAUGUUAGGUGGAAUAACAGUAUUAGUAGUUGGAGUAGUGAUUGGAUUGUUAAUUAAAAUUACUGCUCCUAGUUUACCUUCGGCAAAAAUACUUGAAAAAGUGUUAUAUUGUAUUUACCACAAACUAAAUUAUCUCUUAGAUUAUUUUGAUUACCAAAUAAAAAUAAAAACCGAUAACCUAGAAAUAAGUACGAGUACUAUUCAAGAAUAUUUUUUGUUACUCCUUUCUACUCCUUUUCUGCCUAAAAUUAUUGCCUUGAAAGAAAUGCUAGGAAAGAUCGGUCUGCCCAACAUUUAUUUUGCUUUAAAAAAGAGAGAAGAAUUAAACGAAGAAAUUAGUAGUUAUAAAGAGGGCUCGCUAAGUGUUCCGUUAUCUGAAAAUAAUAAAA